AUGUAUUCUUCUGGACCGCUUCACAAGCCUUCGAAGACCACUUCCCAUCCUAUCCUCUCUAAGACCGUCAAGCUUGCAGAGCAACUCGGUGUCUCUGGGACCGCUGAAACUCUUUGCAUCCCAGAUGGUGCUAUCAAUCAUCUUGAGGCAUCCAUCUGUGAGGUUACUCUAGAUGUAUAUGAUAUCCUCUCCAAUGAGGAACCCUACAGCACUGAGGACCGCAACGACAAAGAGAUCAAAGAUACACGUGUUAACAAGCACCAUCGUACUACGCCUACCCUCCUUUGGUACUUUGAGGACAACAACUUCAUUGAAGAAGAGUUCAUUGAGGGCUACAUGUCUGAUAGAACAUCCUUUGGCAAGGAGAUGGACUUGGACGACGAGAUCACGCAGUCUGCGGGCUUCUAG